UUCCCGUAACGGUGCCGUCACCGCGCGUAGCGGUGCUGGUCGCGACGGCGUCUGUGCUACUGUCAGACCAGCUAAUCGCAGGGCAAACGCUUUGCUGUUGGUAGUCGACGCCGGUUGCGCGUGCUGGUAUCUAGUGCUUUCUCUGCGUUUAAUCGUCUCGUUCGUGGUUCAGUUCAUUCAAAUUUGAUGCCGGUGGCUGUCUCGAUGGUUGCGCUCCCGCAGUCUCGCGACCGACGAUCGUCUUUCGAUUGAACGUUGGCCGAAAGUCGAUACUUUGCAGCAAUUCGCGAUCAAAAAACGAAAAGUGCUGCUCAGUGGGAGCGAUGGUGGGAGCAGGUUCGUCAAGUGGCCACCGAAACGGUUGGUACACGUCAUUGAAAUGGGAUUUGACAGGAAAGGCGUCGAGGAAUAUCGGUAAAAUGUUCUAAGACGAGGAAAAACUGUGUUGGCGGUAGUGCUGUUCUGAUCGUUCUGAGCAGAACGGGGAGCAGGGCUGUUACGAGACAGACAUCUGUAUUGUUCAGCAUUGUCUCUUCGAUACGUCAAGUGACAACCAACUUAGUAAUUACCGACAUCGUCAUUGUCAUCCAAGCCACUAGAUCGAAAUUAAUUAGGACUUAGGACUUGCAAUUGAAGAGUUUGAAGAAGAAUUUCUAUCUGACAGCAAUAGGCUGUACCUAAAGGACCAAUUGGGCCGGUCGGAGCAACGAGACCCAAAUCUAACGAGUCACCGAAACUCCAAGCUUACCGUAAGAGGUCGAACCCUAUCGCCGUGCUAGUAGAACCGAAUUUCCGUUUUUUUGCUGUCUGUAGCAAAAAUCCUGGAGAAUUCCUGGAAUCCUGGAGACGUCGUCUGCCCUCCUACACAAUAUUACCUUGUAAUUUAAAUCUGCUCGAGAGGAACGGAUUAAGUGCCACAAGUACUUCAAUCGUUUCGUAGUACGCAGCUGACCAGGUUCAUAUACGCGACAGUGGCUCACUAGUCGAUCGUGUGUGAAUCUUGCGCUAGCUAGGAUUUAUCUUCACAUGAGCGCAGAUGGGCAUUUGACAAAGAGCUCAAAACAGAACAGAAGGAAGACACACUAUGAGACACAAAAACGAAGAGAUGCGCCAUCCAAUGUGUCAUAGCUAACUACAAUUAAUACUAGAUGUUCGAACUAUGUAGAAUCUCACGAGCGGAAUCAUUGCAUUAUUGCGACUCCACUGCAUAGAACUUUUGCGUAUAUUUUUACUAGUUCAUCAUCUGUCUUUUUAGUUACUAUUACUGUGUGUGAUGACAUCAUUGGUCUCUGCUGUCCAUUGGAUAAACAUCGCUAAUUAACAGUGCGUUCUUCUUAAUGGAUCAUCUUGCCUCGAUGAAGCCUCAGCGCACCACUUAACUCAUGAAAAUGACAAGACCCCCAGACAUCGAGGAUGGCCUGCCAAGAGGUCCACGCGAUCCCGCAUUGCAAACAUUCUAUCGAAACCUCUCGCAGGUCGUCAAUGUUCUAUCUCUUCCAGAACCAGGCGGGCGCUUUCAGCUGCUACAAGUGAUUGGCGAGGGAACUUAUGGAGAAGUCUACGCCGCCCACGAUACGGCCACCGGCCGCGUCGUGGCUAUCAAAAUCAUGGAGAAUAUAUCCGACAACAAAGAGGAAAUGGAAGAGGAAUACCGUGUCCUUCGAGAUCUCGGCAACCACCCGAACCUGCCAAAUUAUUAUGGAGCAUUUUUUAAGCCUGCUAGUAACAAAAGACGAGAAGAUGAUCAGGUGUGGUUUGUCAUGGAGCUCUGCAGUGGUGGAUCUGUGACCGAUCUCGUUCAGACGUUACGAAGAAAUGGGCGUUUGUUACCCGAGCCGAUAAUUGCCUACAUACUACGCGAGACUCUUGAGGCUUUGGUGUAUCUGCACAACAAUCACUGCAUGCAUCGCGAUAUCAAGGGACAUAAUGUCCUUUUGACUGAAGCGGGAGCUGUUAAACUCGUCGAUUUUGGCGUAUCCUCGCACCUCAAGGAGACGCUGGCGCGGCGCAACACCUCGGUCGGUACGCCCUACUGGAUGGCUCCAGAGGUAGUCGCCUGCGAACGACAAGCAGACCUUUCGUACGAUAUCCGAUGUGAUGUUUGGUCGCUGGGAAUUACAGCUCUCGAGUUGGCUCAGGGAGAGCCUCCGCUAUCGCAUUUACAUCCGAUGCGAGCACUAUUCCAGAUUCCGAGAAAUCCUCCACCACGGCUGAAGGCUCCGCAGGAAUGGUCACCGGCAUUCAACAACUUUGUGCAAAACUGCCUCGUUAAAAACUUUGAAGAAAGAUCUUUUGUUCGGGAUCUUUUAAGGCACCCGUUCGUACGACUCGACGAAGCUUCAGUAAGACAAAUUCGCUCCGAACUGGUCCGUCUUCUAAAGGAACAACGUCACUGGUGCGCGGGCGUAAAGCGAGCUCCAGAAGUAACUACUAAGCACGGUCAACUGCGAGCCGAUCGCAAGUCAAAGCCAGAGCCCAUACUGGUCGACGACCUAGCCCUUAUGGAUCAUCUCGCUGAGGAAACGAUUUUGGACCAACUUGGGCGACGCUAUAAGAGAGGUCAAAUCUACACGUACAUCGGGGACAUCUUACUUGCAUUGAACCCUUUCCAACAACUCAGCAUCUAUUCCGCAGACGUAUCUGCACGAUAUCGAAAUUGUGGACGAGCCGAUAAUCCUCCUCAUAUAUUCGCUGUUGGCGACUCCGCGUUCCAUUCGAUGCUGCAUCAGAGGCGGAAUCAAGUGAUCGUUAUCAGCGGCGAGAGUGGGGCUGGAAAAACAGAAAGCGCAAAUUUUCUUCUGAGGCAAAUGGUUUCACUGGGAAAGACAUCGAAUGGGAACAUGGAGGUCGAGAAAAUCCUUCAAGUAAACCCCAUUAUGGAAGCGUUCGGCAAUGCUCGCACUGGCAUCAACCAUAACUCUAGUCGCUUCGGCAAGUUUCUCGAUCUCACAUUCUCCUCGACGUCCGGCCGCGUCCUUGGAGCCAAACUUUCUGUGUACCUCCUCGAGCAAUCACGCGUUGUACGCCAGGCCAGCGGCGAACGCAACUUUCAUAUAUUCUAUUACCUUUACGAUGGACUAGCGGCUCAAAAUCUACUUGAAGCGUACUACCUAGAACCAGCGACGUACAAACGGAAUCACCGGUAUUUACAAGGAGCUAUCCCACCUGAUAGGGAAACCGGGGUUUUGCAUACCCGUCGUCUUGCAGCUGUCAAGCAGGGCUUUGAACUUCUUGGAUUUCGAGUUACGGAAAUCGAUACAAUUUACCGUAUUCUAGCAUCGAUUAUCCAUCUUGGAGAUGUCGAGAUCCGGCCAACGGAAACUUCAUUUCAAACAGCCGGAUGUAUCAUUGUCAACGCAGAAAAGAUCCCUCAAAUCGCCAAGUUGCUGGGCCUUGAACCUGCUGAUCUUCUGAAGGCGUUAAGUACCAGUUCAAUUAACAUGCGUGGCGAAAUCAUUAUUCGACCAAGCACUGCACAAGAAGCCGAAACCUCGAAAGACGCUAUGGCAAAGGCUCUUUAUGGGAGACUCUUUGAUUGGAUCGUCAACCAGAUUAACCGAGACCUCGGCUAUAAACAUUCUUGCCCUCCCGAAAAUCACUCGGACAAAUCGAUCGCUCUACUUGACAUUUUUGGCUACGAGAACUUCGAACGGAAUUCAUUUGAACAGCUUUGUAUUAACAUCGCUAACGAACAGAUCCAGUAUUACUUCAACAAGCACGUUUUUUCCCUCGAACAGCAAGAAUAUGCUAAUGAGGGCCUAAACCUGAAUUCGGUGAGCUUCAGCGAUAAUCGGCCAGUUCUCGACAUGUUCUUGAGCCGACCCAUUGGUCUUCUAGCAUUGCUUGACGAGGAGUCAAAUUUUCCGAAAGCUACGGACCAAAGCUUAAUUGACAAGUUCCACACAAACAUUAAAUCUUCGCACUAUCUCCGGCCGAAGUCGAGUCGGACGCUUCAAUUCGCUGUACUACACUAUGCCGGUCCAGUGACCUAUGACGCGCGAAGCUUUCUGAAGAAAAACCGGAAUCACCUUCCAACAUGCUUAAUUCAGCUUCUCAGUCGGUCGAGCCUCUCCGUGCUAAGUGCACUGUUUCCUGUAUCGACAACGUUUCUGAACACGCCAAUUAACGUCGGAGACCCAAAGCAAUCGAAGGCGAUCCAGACAAUGGGUGGAUACUUCCGUUACUCUCUCAUGAGCCUCCUUCAGAAAAUGAUCUCGGGUAGCCCACAUUUCGUCCGUUGCAUUAAACCCAACGAACAGAGAACGCCGAUGCGAUUGCAGAAGGACAAGGUACUCAAUCAACUACGCUGUACCGGCGUUCUUGAGACGAUCCGUAUUCGCCAAAUGGGUUACUCGCAUCGGUUGACGUUUCUCGACUUUCUCAAAAGGUACCGCUUUUUAGGGUUCAGCUUCAACGCUCGAAUUGCACCGAACAGAGAAAAUUGCAAACUCCUACUAAAACGAUUGCGCAUUGAAGGUUACGCCCUGGGAAAAUCCAAGGUGUUUCUCAAAUAUUACCACGUGGAGUACCUAAGCCGACAAUAUGAAAUGCAGAUAGCUAGAAUUGUCCGGGUGCAGGCCCAAUGUAGACGCUGGUUAGCCAUGCGUCUCGCACGUAAACUUCGGGAGAAAGCUUCUGCCAAAAUUCAAGUCAUGCAUCCAUGCAGCACCGAGGAUCUACGAAAGGCUGUGGCCAAGAAGGCCACCCCCUGUUCUGGACAAUGUAGUGCCGCCAACAACUGUAGCAGUAAGCAAUGCACAUCGUCGAAGGCGAGGACCGAACCCGCGUUGUCGAUUCCGUCAUUGGUCUCUCUCGCCGAUAACACGCCCCGGCAAACUAGUGUGGGGCUACCGCCGGCCUCGGUGAUGCCUACCAAGGAUCGGCUCGUCGUCAAAGUUCAAGCACCUGUUCCAUCCGUAACCGUGGCCGCCACCGGGACAACUUUAGCGUCUGGAUCAUCCCUGCCAGGUUCUAAUUCGACGACUGCGGAGCUCGGGAGGCCGAAUUCUUCGGGAAGUUCUUCAAAUGGAAGGCCAUCUAUCCUUGAAAUUGAAUCUUGGUGGGAGAAACGUUCCCAACGAAGCACGCCAAGUCCAGGGAGCACCGAGCCGAACUCUCUUGACCCUGCCGAUGACCCUUUACAGGGCCCGUUUCAUUUUAAAAAGAUCCUUAAAUCGCACAUUCACACCCAUGCUAACUCAACUUCAACUUCACAUUGUUCAUCGAGCCGUUCGUGUGGAGGCCAGCUUCCAAGCAAGGAGUUCAACGGGCAAGCGAACAGAAGCAUCAUCACUGGUGGAGGCGGGAGUGGCGUUUUUGAUUUUCGUAAGGUAUUGCGCCGGACCGCGAUCGCGCCUACUGAGACGUUGCGACGAUGCAAAGGCCUUUUGCCGCCUGGCGAAAACAGUGAUUCGAAAAUCAUCUCGUUCCUACAGACUGAAUAGCAGUAAACGUGUGCACGAUCAAGAUCUGCGUGAAGAGACAUGUGUUCUAUAACAUCACCAUUGUUUCCCUGUCUCUGUACAAUUGUUGUUUAGUGUCUACUGUCUAUUGCAUCUAGGCUGAUUCUCCAGCUACACUUAGCCUAUUAACCGAACGAUAAUAUUUGGUUAAACAAACAAUCGCUCUUGAUAGAUAAACAAAAAUUUGAUUAGAUCGCGACCAAUGUUUAAAGUUUAUAGGAAAUAACACGAUUUCGUUUAAACGAGUCAUUUACAACCGUUAACACAUAUGAACCUGUUUUUAUACAAACUUCGUUGUUCUAUUGUAUCUAUAUAAUACAUGCAUACGAGAUACAAUGGAGCGUCGAAGCAAAGAAUACCAUGGCUAGUUUAUCGAUCGUCCGUUAGUAAAAUGUAAAGCUUAAGCACAACUGAGAUACGCUAUUGCUUGAAAGCAAACUAUAUUUAUUUUAAUUUGCAACCGACCAAAUACAUUGAUAUUAACGAGCAAAGAUACAUUAUACAGGACUACGUUACUAUGGCCUACGUUUACCUACACGGCGAAUAGGGGCUUAGGAUGACCAUCGUGACCAUAUUAAGUGAACGAAAUACAGCCAAUGUAUGAAUAAUAAUCAAGUGUCUACAGACGCAUGCCUCGUUGUAAGGAUGCCCACGUGCAUAUCUCUCAAUCGAUUCGAACUAAAAAUAUUUUUAACACCGAAGUUCUGCCCAGCAUAUUUUGUAAGUACACGAAGGCCUCAUAUAUAAGCGGUCGAUGGGUGUAGAACACAGGAGAAAUGCAAUUGUGAAUAUGAUAUAUUCCUAUUAUACUAAUAAACGUUCAAGCGAGGAAAUUGCAGAACUUCAAUGUUUCCAUUUUUCUCUGUUGUUGUUGUUGUUGUAUCGUUCGCAGCGAUUUUUUUUUAAAUCAUUUUUUUUUAAAUCGAUUCCAGCCCCAUUGGAACCUAUCUCAGAAAUCACUUAACGUUUAGCCACCCAUGAGUGGUAAAGUUGGGAUUUUUUUGAACGAAUUUUUCAGGCUGCUUUUUACGUGAUGCGACUGGACAAGUAAACGUAUUUUGUAAAACUUACUAAAAAUUCCCGAUUUGCAAUGUACUUCAGAUCAUUUAGCUUAUGUAAUAUUUGAUAUUUACAAUAAAGCUAGCUGUUUUUGUUGCUUUGUACAUGAGAGUAUUGGCCGUGGGACAACGAUGGCCUUUAUUGUCAUGAUACUGCAGAAAACUAACUGAAAUUGAACACUACACAUAGCAUAGUUUUUUUUUUAAUACAUUUUUAAUAGGCGUUUGGUAAUUUAUAUUCAAAAGAAACUGAAUUUGAAUAUUUGAAGUAUAUGUUCAAACAGAGGAGAUCAUUCUUCCAGCGUUAACAGCCUCCCAGAGAAGCGUAUGUUGUUGAGCAUCCAGUGCAUGUUCUACUUUAUCCAUGUGGAACCACCCCCUAAACCAUACUUACUUCGAUGUUAACCAGUGUCGACGAUCAGGAAUGUUCUAACAAUCAGUAAAUGAUUAGAUUUUUUUUGAAAAAACAUCUCACAGUAGCUAUAAACACAUGUCACAGUGCU